CCGCUCGCUCCCUGUCAGUGCGGUGGCUGCGCCGGGAAACAUGGCGUCGGAGGGGAUGAUCUUAACGAACCACGACCACCAAAUCCGCGUCGGGGUCCUCACAGUGAGUGACAGUUGCUUCAGGAACCUUGCCGAGGAUCGUAGUGGGAUAAACCUUAAAGAUCUGGUCCAAGACCCUUCUUUGUUGGGUGGGACUAUAUCUGCAUACAAGAUAGUGCCAGAUGAAAUAGAAGAAAUCAAGGAGACGCUGAUAGAUUGGUGUGAUGAAAAGGAGCUUAAUUUGAUUUUAACAACUGGAGGAACAGGUUUUGCACCACGAGAUGUCACUCCAGAGAAAUUCCCAACAUUCCCAUUAUGUGGGCUCCAGAGAGGGGCCACUAAAGAAGUAAUAGAGCGAGAAGCCCCAGGGAUGGCCCUGGCAAUGCUGAUGGGAUCACUUAAUGUUACUCCUCUAGGCAUGCUCUCUAGACCUGUGUGUGGAAUCAGAGGGAAAACUCUCAUAAUUAAUCUGCCAGGUAGCAAGAAAGGGUCCCAGGAAUGCUUUCAGUUUAUACUGCCAGCCCUACCUCACGCCAUUGAUCUUUUGCGGGAUGCCAUUGUAAAAGUAAAGGAGGUGCACGAUGAGCUUGAAGAUCUACCUUCACCACCACCUCCUCUUUCUCCUCCUCCAACCACCAGCCCUCACAAGCAGACAGAAGACAAAGGAGUACAGUGUGAGGAAGAGGAGGAAGAGAAGAAGGAUAGUGGAGUUGCCUCAACAGAGGACAGUUCUUCUUCACAUAUAACAGCAGCAGCCAUUGCAGCUAAGAAGCAUCCAUCCUACACCAGUUCAGCUGUUAUCAUGGCAAAAGGUGAACAGCCCAUCCCUGGUCUCAUCAGUUAUUGCCAUCAUGCAGCAGGCAGUGCAGGAGAACCGAUUCCAGAUUCCAUCAUCUCUCGUGGUGUUCAGGUGCUCCCACGUGAUACAGCCUCCCUCAGUACUACUCCUUCAGAAUCUCCUCGUGCCCAGGCCACCUCUCGUCUCUCCACUGCAUCCUGCCCGACACCAAAACAAAUUAGACGGCCGGAUGAAAGCAAAGGAGUUGCUAGUAGAGUUGGAUCCCUCAAACUCCACUAUAGGUUGGAAGGGCUUAAAGAUGAACUGAGGAGGAAUAGAGGCUACAACUCGAGAGUCCAGUCUAGGUGCAGCAGCAAGGAGAACAUCCUUAGAGCAAGUCACAGUGCUGUUGACAUUACCAAGGUAGCAAGAAGACACCGCAUGUCUCCAUUCCCAUUGACAUCUAUGGACAAGGCCUUCAUCACAGUUCUGGAGAUGACCCCAGUGCUUGGAACAGAAAUCAUCAAUUACAGAGAUGGAAUGGGCCGAGUCCUUGCUCAAGAUGUAUAUGCAAAAGAUAAUCUACCACCAUUUCCAGCAUCAGUAAAAGAUGGCUAUGCUGUCAGAGCUGCUGAUGGCCCCGGAGAUCGAUUCAUCAUAGGGGAAUCCCAGGCUGGUGAGCAGCCAACUCAGACUGUGAUGCCUGGUCAGGUAAUGCGCGUUACAACCGGUGCUCCAAUUCCAUGUGGUGCUGAUGCAGUGGUGCAAGUGGAAGAUACAGAGCUCAUCAGGGAAUCAGAUGAUGGCACAGAAGAACUAGAGGUUCGAAUCCUGGUGCAGGCUCGACCAGGCCAAGAUAUCAGACCUAUAGGACAUGACAUUAAAAGAGGUGAAUGUGUGCUGGCUAAAGGAACCCACAUGGGUCCAUCUGAGAUUGGUCUCUUAGCAACUGUUGGAGUAACCGAAGUAGAAGUUAACAAGUUUCCAGUGGUUGCAGUCAUGUCAACAGGGAAUGAGCUAUUGAAUCCUGAAGAUGACCUCUUACCAGGAAAGAUUCGGGACAGUAACCGUUCAACUCUCCUAGCUACAAUCCAAGAACAUGGCUACCCAACAAUCAACUUGGGAAUUGUGGGAGAUAAGAAGCCAGAUGUUUUUAAAGAAGAAGGGACACAGAGCUUCCAGAACACUGCGGAGACAGGCCUACCAGAUUGCCCAGAUGAUUUACUGAAUGCACUGAAUGAGGGUAUCAGCCGUGCUGAUGUGAUCAUUACAUCAGGAGGUGUAUCUAUGGGGGAAAAGGACUAUCUUAAACAGGUGCUGGAUAUUGAUCUUCACGCACAGAUUCACUUUGGCAGAGUUUUUAUGAAACCAGGCCUGCCGACAACUUUUGCAACUCUGGAUAUUGAUGGUGUAAGAAAAAUAAUCUUUGCGCUCCCAGGCAACCCUGUGUCAGCUGUUGUCACCUGCAAUCUCUUUGUUGUUCCCGCACUGAGGAAAAUGCAGGGUAUCCUGGAUCCUCGGCCCACCAUCAUCAAAGCCAGGUUAUCAUGUGAUGUAAAAUUGGACCCCCGCCCAGAAUAUCAUCGGUGCAUACUGACUUGGCAUCACCAAGAACCACUACCUUGGGCACAGAGUACAGGGAAUCAGAUGAGCAGUCGUCUGAUGAGUAUGCGCAGUGCCAAUGGACUGUUGAUGCUACCUCCAAAGACAGAGCAGUAUGUGGAGCUUCACAAGGGGGAGGUGGUGGAUGUCAUGGUCAUCGGAAGGCUAUGAUGUCACCAGCAAGAACGAAGCUUUGAUGCAUGUCCACAUAUCAUUGACUGUAUCCUGUAAUAUGCAACGGCACAGCUAGUUUUUCUGAUUUGGAUAACAGUUGAUCAGUAUAGUCAACAUCUUGAAUUAUAUUUCAAAUGGAAUUUAAAUAAAUACCUUUUAAAAAAAAACUUUAAAACAAAUCUUAACAAAGAAAUUUAUUCUGAUUCUAUCAAAGCAACUUUUUCCUUUCCUUGCAAUUGCUUUGUGUGUUCAAUGCUAGUUCUAAUAGCGGUAGCUUUUAGUAGACAGCAGUAGGUGCCUGCAGAACUUGUGUUUUUUCUCAUCUUUAAGAUACAACUACUUAUGCUCUUAAAAUAAGGCUGUCUGCUUAUUUAUACUAGCGUAGACAACACUUGGAUUUCCCUUAUUAGUAUGCUUCAUAACCGCUUCACAGAGAGCUUCUGCUUGUUCUUUAUCUUGUAUCUCGUGUUGAUGUGCACAGUGCCAAAAGCAGAGUGGCUGCACUGGGAACCCAAUGAAGCCCCGAGGUUUUCUCACCUCGCUGCGCAUUCAGGGAUCUCUCUUGUCCCAGCAGCCACCCAGCUCAGUACUCUUGGGCAGUAACUGGAUACCUUUUAUUUCAACAAACAAAAAAAUUGCUUCCUUAAGUGCUGACAGCCUUUUUAACCAAUACAUUUAAAAAUGUACAGAACUAAAAACUAAAAAAAAUCAAAGACUGAUCUUGUACAGAUAUUAGUGUUACCAGCAUUCGUGUGGAAAUUAAAUGAGCAAAGAAAUAAAACUAAUGUUAAACAACUCUGUACCAUAACAUUUUCUGUAAUGAUAUUGAAACUUAAAUGAAUAAAAAAAAAUCCUCAAUCAUUAUUUAAAA